AUGGCAAAGAGAAUACAACCAUCGUGGGCCCCACCUCAAAGAAAAAACGCUUCUGUUCUUAAAUUAUACAAUAGUUUUACUAGAAAUAAAGAAGUAUUUGUCCCACAAUUUGGAAAUCGUAUACUAUGGUAUAGUUGUGGACCUACUGUUUAUGAUGCUUCACAUAUGGGACAUGCUAGAUCAUAUAUCUCCUUUGAUAUAUUAAGGCGUGUGUUGUCUGAUUAUUUUGGAUAUGAUAUUCUAUAUGUAAUGAAUAUUACUGAUAUAGAUGAUAAAAUUAUAAAGAGAGCUAGACAAAACUAUUUAUAUGAGAGAUAUAUUGAAGAGAGUCAUACCCUUGAUGAAAUUUUGGAUGAUGCAAAAAAUGUUAUGUGUACUUUUGAAGAUAUAGUAAAGACUACAAAUGAUGUAGAUAAAAAAAAUAUGCUACUGAAAAUGUUGUCCAAUGUGGGAAAGGCAAUUGAAAAUCUUGAGAAUGCUGUGAAACUUAAAGAUGAGGACAAAAUGAAAGAAUUUCAAGAAUUGCUAUUAAAAGAAACACGAGAUCCAUUGGCAGAAUGGUUGGACAAGAGAAAGGGAGCUACAGUCAUGGAACACUCAAUUUUCACCAAAUUGUCACAACAUUGGGAAAUGGAGUUUCUAAAAGACAUGGAUGCUUUAAAUGUAUUACAGCCAAAUAGUUUGACAAGAGUUAGUGAAUAUAUUCCAGAAAUUAUAGCAUUUAUUCAAAAAAUUAUAGAAAAUGGACAUGCAUAUGAAAGUAAUGGUUCUGUAUACUUUGAUGUUACUAGCUUUGAUAAACAAGAUAAGCAUUACUAUGCUAAACUUGUGCCAGAAGCAUAUGGUGAUACAUCAAGUUUACAAGAAGGAGAAGGAGAUUUGAGCACUUCAGAGUUAUCCGAAAAAAAAUCAUCGGUAGAUUUUGCACUUUGGAAAUGUUCUAAAGAAGGAGAGCCAUGGUGGGAAAGUCCUUGGGGUAAAGGACGUCCAGGUUGGCAUAUAGAGUGUUCAGUUAUGGCAUCUAUGGUUUGUGGAGAAAAUUUAGACAUUCAUACUGGAGGAGUAGAUUUAAAAUUUCCACAUCAUGAUAAUGAAAUAGCACAAGCAGAAGCAUAUUUUAAUAAUUCUAAUUGGGUUAGAUAUUUUCUUCAUUCUGGUCAUUUGACCAUAGCAGGAUGCAAGAUGUCAAAAUCUCUAAAAAAUUUUAUUACAAUACAAGAUGCAUUAAAAAAACAUUCAGCAAGACAGCUUAGACUUGCAUUUCUUUUGCAUUCAUGGAAAGACACGUUAGAUUAUAGCGAUAAUACUAUGAAUAUGGCUAUUCAAUAUGAGAAGUUUUUAAAUGAAUUUUUUUUAAAUGUAAAAUGUAAAAUUAGAUCUCUGGAUUCAGAAACAAAUAUUAAUACUUUUACUAAAUGGACAAAUUCUGAAGUGGAAUUAAACCAGAACUUUUAUAAUACUAGAGAUUCUGUGCAUAAUGCAUUAUGUGAUAAUAUUGAUACAAGAAGUGCGCUGGAUGCAAUUAGAGAUCUUGUGACACAUUGCAAUAUUUAUAUGAAACAAGUUAAACAACCAAAUACGUUAUUACUUAGAGAUGUUGCAGUUUAUUGUACGAAAAUGUUAAGUAUAUUUGGUGCAAUAUCAUCUUCACACGAUUGUAUUGGUUUCCCAGUUGAUGCUAAUACUACAAAUUUAAAUGUUGAAGAAAUUGCCAUGCCAUAUCUUGAAAUUCUGGCAAGUUUCCGUGAAAAAGUGAGAAGUCAUGCUAAAACGUUAAAAGCUAGUAGUAUUCUCGAGGAAUGUGAUAAGUUACGUGACGAUAUUUUACCGGACGUCGGCGUGCGUUUGGAAGACAGUAAUGAGGAAUCAUGUAAAGUUAAAUUAGUGAAUAAAGAAGAACUGCUAAGGGAAAAGGAAUGCAAGAGGAAAAUGGAAUUAGAAAAAGCACUGGAGAAGGAAAAGAAGAAGGCGGAUGCUGCUGCGGCAGCAGCAGCAAAAGAAGCGCAGAGAAAAAUUCCACCUACUGAAAUGUUUAAGUUAGAAAAGGAUAAAUAUUCUCAAUUUGAUAAUAAUGGUAUACCUACGCAUGAUAUAGACGGUAAAGAAAUCAGUAAAGGACAGAUGAAAAAAUUGCAAAAAUUGCUGCAAGCGCAAGAAAAAAGAUACAACGAAUAUCUUGCUUCUAUUCAAAAUGUUGCUUAAUAUUUUUAGCUGCAUAGUAUUAAUUUUGUGUGGUGUAAGGAAAUUGUUGGUUCCA